CGGAGCGCGUGUCGCGGGCCCCAUUGCGAGCCAUGGGAGGCGGCUGGUGGUGGGCUCGGGUCGCGCGCCUGGCCCGCCUGCGCUUCCGGGGGUCGCUGCUGCCCCCUCAGCGGCCCCGCAGCGGGGGCGCGCGCGGGUCCUUCGCCCCCGGCCACGGCCCACGCGCGGGAGCCUCGCCGCCCCCGGUGUCCGAGCUGGAUCGUGCGGACGCUUGGCUCCUCCGCAAGGCACACGAGACAGCUUUCCUCUCCUGGUUCCGAAAUGGACUUCUGGCAUCAGGCAUUGGGGUCAUCUCCUUCAUGCAGAGUGACAUGGGCCGGGAAGCUGCCUAUGGCUUCUUCCUGCUGGGUGGCCUGUGUGUGGUGUGGGGCGGAGCCUCCUAUGCGGUGGGUCUGGCGGCGCUGCGGGGACCCAUGCAGCUGUCGCUUGCGGGUGCUGCCGCUGGUGUGGGGGCGGUGCUGGCUGCCAGUCUGCUCUGGGCUUGUGCCGUGGGCCUCUACAUGGGCCAGCUGGAACUGGACAUGGAACUGGUGCCUGAAGAUGAUGGGGCGGCCACUCCAGAAGGCCCAGAUGAAGCAGGCCGGCCACCACCGGAGUAGACAGACAGCAGGGCUGUGGGGACCGGCUGGGCCUGACGACUAGGACAUUAAAACCUGACCCUUCAGCA